CUGCACCAUUUAGAAGGCGAAUAGGUGAUAAAAGGUUCUUCAUGGCUCUGCUCUGGAUGGCAUACUUGCUUGCAGACUGGAUUGCUAUAUUUGUCAUAGGACUCAUCUUGCGUGCUGAACAAAGAGAUGACAUCCUGGUCUUUUGGGCACCCUUUCUUUUGUUGCAUCUUGGUGGCCCUGACACCAUUACUUCCUUCUCUCUAUGGGAUAAUGGCUUCUGGAUUAGGCACUUGCUUCAGCUUAUAUUACAAGUUGGUUCAACCGCCUAUGUCAUAGGUCGGUCACUCCCACACAACAAGCUCUUGCUCCCAACCCUCCUGGUGCUUGCUGCAGGAAUAAUCAAAUAUGCAGAGCGGAACCGUGCUUUUUAUCUUGCAUGCCUUGACAAUUAUGGAGAUAGGGUAACAAACCAAUCCCUUCACCGCAAAACCGCAGUUAAGGCUGAUAAGAAAGAUGACGAUUCCAAGUUACUAGAGGAAUUGACACCCUAUGGCACUAUCAAGAAUCUACUUGUUGGGCCUCUUAUUCCUCAUAAACGGCGCGACUUUUGCAGGAGAUCCUUUCUUAAUAAAAAGCCGAAAGAGGUCCUUGGGAUAAUAGAGUUUGAGCUAAGCCUCUUGUAUGAAGCUCUUCACACCAAGUUGCCCGUGGUUGAUUGCAAGCUUGGAUACAUUCGCCGGUUCAUUUGUAUUGGUUGCAUUUCCGGAGCGUUGUUGUCAUUCAGAUUAAUUACCAAGGCAAAGCAGUACCGUGAUGAGUUGGAAAAUUCUGAAAUCUGGCUAACCUAUGGUUUAUUGAUUGGGGCCAUAACAUUGGAUUUCAUAUCCAUCGGGUUGCUUAUUUCUUCCGAUUACUUUAAUGCAGCUAAGUACGGUUUGGGAGCGAUGCAUCAGAAUGACACAAUUAUGGCAUGGAUCCGUAACAGACUCAUCAACAGGCACAGGUGGUCCAAAAGAAUCCCCCAGCUCAACUUUAUAACCUAUUGUCUUAAAGCCUACCCAGAUUGGUUGAACGAGUUGGAUAAAUAUCUUCCCGUAAGAUUUAUUUUGAAGUUCAUUCAAGGCAUUCGAUGCAUGUCAUCAGAAGUUUUGAAAGAGCAAGUACUGUGGAACUUCAUUUUUGAACAAGUGAAAGGAAAGGCUGAGCUCGCAGAGACGGUAGAAAUGGGAAAUAAAAUCUGUCUAAAAAGAGGUGAUGGAAUUCUUGACGAACACAGCAACAAAAAUCUCAUCUGGAGUGUAAAGGAUUUAGAUUACAUGGAAAGCCUUCUAACAUGGCACAUAGCCACUGAAUUAUGCUUGCAAGACAAAAGCCACCAGUCUGCAUCAUCACCCGGGAAUUCGGAUUUCCAAACAAUAACCAAGUUACUUUCAAAAUAUAUGUUUUACCUUCUACAGGAGGAGACCGCUAUAAGGGACAUAAAUAGUGUGUCCAUUGGUUGGAAAAAGGUAUUUAACCACACACAUAAACAUAUGCAAAAUUUCUACCUUAAGCAGGGUAAAAAAGAUGUAGCCAAAAGAAUGAUUUCAACAAACCCAGGAAGUAAGCCUCCUGGUUGUCCACCAAGAUCUGUUUUAUGCAAAGCGCAUAAGCUUUUCAAUGAGCUGAAGGAAUCAGAUGAUAAAGGCUUUCCAUGGGAGUUAAUGAGCAAAGUUUGGGUUGAAUUAAUGUGCUAUGCUGCUAUUCAUUGUAAGCCGCAUGCGCAUGCACAGCAACCAAGUAUGGGUGGACAACUCAUCACUAUCGUUUGGUUGUUGAUGAAUCAUUGCGGCCUAGGAAAUCAAUUUGCAACUAAUGAACGUGCUGUUGAUGAUGACGAAGAGACAGAUGUGGUGAUUCAAUGCACUGUUGAUGAUGACGAAGAGACAAAUGUGGUGAUUCAAUGCACUGUUGAUGAUGACGAAGAGACAAAUGUGGUGAUUCAAUGCGCUGUUGAUGAUAACGAAAAGACAAAUGUGGUGAUUCAAUGUGCUGUUGAUGAUGAUGGAAGAGACAAGUGGUGAUUCUCAAUUGCAUCGGAUAGUUUGAUUCCUGUGUGUAUAUUUGUUUGCGUGUCUUCUUUGUAAUCCUUUCUUAAAUUAUUGCUUGAGCUUCUUAUAUAAGUUUUAAAGACAUAUGAACAUUAAUUUCUUCUUUUAAUUUGAUAAUUCUUAAUUUGUAUUAUAAUCUUUCUAUUCAAUUUUAGUAAAUUCAAUUUAUAUAA